AUGGAGUUCCAGACCAGCUUCUACUCACGGGACAGUGGAGGCUGCGCGAUCUGGAACCGCAGUGGGACAAAAAACGACGUUGCUUGGACCAAACGUUUCCACGCGUCCCGACCAACGCCGCAUGACAGUCUAACAGGUGUAUGGGGAUACAGUGACUGUUUCAGGACCCGGAUGAGAGCGAAGAGGUCCUACGUAGAGAUCUUGUCAACGAAGGUCGGUGACGUCAUCACGAUCACCUGCGUCGCCGAGAACUCCAACCCUCCGUCGGACGUCAACCUCGUCAUCAACGGCCAGACGCCCCCCGGAGCGACGUCCAGGACGCAGAAGGUGCCCAACGGAGGCUGGAACACGAUCACCAACCUGACGCGGUACGAGGUGCGGCCCAUCGACGCGGAUCUGAUGGUGAAUUGCUACGCUCUCAACCAGGCUCUCGGGUCGACCAAGAUUGACACCGAGGUCAUUAGUGUCCUGCGUGAGUGUCGUUGGGGGAAGACCCCCGAGACCCCCGUCAUCCUGGGCUACGAGCGGGGCCAAGAACUCCGGAAGGGAGACCGCCAGCGCCUCACCUGCGUCAGCAACGGCGGCAACCCCCUGGCGACGCUCACCUGGUACAAGGGCUCCCAGAAGCGCCUUCGGAGACGCACCACGACGCCGUCACCGCCCUGGCCGACGUCGACAUCCUCCUCGACGAGUCGGAUAACGGGGCCGAGUACCGCUGCGAGGCCACCAACGAGGCCACGGCGCAUCCCCUGGCCAACUCCACCGUGCUCAGUGUCAUGUUUCCUCCUUCAGCGGUCAAGGUCAGAGCCUCGAGUCAUCAACGCAGGGAGCCCGAUGACGCUCUUCUGUGAGUCGGCCUCGAGCAACCCCUUCGCCAACAUCACGUGGUGGCGGGACGGGUUCGAGGUCGACGGGGAGUACACCGUGGAGACCAAGCCAGGCCAGUUCGGAGGGACGGUGACCAACUACAGCGUGAAGGUCGAAGUGACAGCUGACGACGACGGCGCUGUCUACACGUGCCAGGCUGACAACGGCUUCGGAUCCACGACUCACGACGCCGUCACCAUCUCCGUUCACUACUCCCCCGUGUGGGUGAAGGAACCCCCGAAGUCCCUCGACGUCAAGGAGGGCGAGAACGUCAUGCUCAACGCCAGCGCCAGAGGGAACCCCAACAGCCUGGCGUACCUGUGGCGACGGGGCGAGGAGGUGGUCAUGGCGGACAACAUCCUGAACAUCUCGGGCAUCACGAGGGACCAGGCCGGUGUCUAUUCGCUCGACGUUUCCAACACCGAGGGCAACAUCUUCAGGAACGUGUCUAUAAACGUCAAGUACGCCCCAAUCAUCACCGAAGUCACGGGAAGCAGCAACGUGUCCGAGGGAGAUUCCGUGACGCUGGUCUGUCACGUGGACGCCGUGCCGAACCCAGACAUCGAGUGGAGGCGAGAGGGGUACAACUUCGAGAGGACGAAGACGAAGAAGCACGCGACGAGGAACAUCGCCGAGAUGACGAUUACGAACGUGACCAAGGAGGAUACCGGAGUAUUUGCCUGUCACUCCAAGAACGAGAUCGGAGAAGCGACAAUCGUCAACGCCACAGUCAUAGUUAAACACAAACCCAUCAUAAAGACACGUCCCCAAUACCAGAAGGCGGCAGCAGAGGCGGGGGGUAACGUGCAGAUGGUGUGCCGAGCGAGGGGCGCCCCCUACAUCGACUUCACUUGGUACACGAGCGAGAACACGCCCAUUGAGAAGGCUAUCUAUUCGAGGUUUACGAAUAGAUACAAGGUCGAGGAUAGAAAGCUGAUAGACGGGCUGGUGACGUACGAGAGCGUCCUGCACAUCAACAACGUCACCAGCAAAGACUACGGUUUCUUCCAAUGCCAAGCACGCAACUCCAUCGGGUCUUCCCACACUGUCAUUCACCUGGACGGGACGAGUAGGCCUGACACGCCUCUCGAUCUGAAGGAAGUCUUCCAAUGCCAAGCACGCAACUCCAUCGGGUCUUCCCACACUGUCAUUCAUCUGGACGGGACGAGUAGGCCUGACACGCCUCUCGAUCUGAAGGUGUUGAAUUUCACACACGAUUCUGUGGACUUGGAAUGGACGCCUGGCUUUGACGGGGGACUGCCGCAGAAAUACCGAAUCAGAUACAACAUCGAUACCACCAAACGAUACCAGUACAUGGACGUCUAUCCCGAGAACUCGACGGUCUUCACGGUCACAGGCCUCGCUCUCGGCACGACCUAUGCCUUCAGCGUCUUAUCCUACAACGACAAGGGAGAGUCCGGCUUCACGGAUACGGAUGUCAAGGCAACAACGCUGAGGAUAGCCCCCCCUCAGGAGCGCCCCGUGGAAGGGUCCAAAGUGCCAACUGGAAGGGUGUCGGGGAUUAUAGUGAUCACUAUAACCCUCGUCGGCAUCGCUCUCCUCAUACUAAACGUGGCUCUCGUGGCUUGUUUCAUCAAACGACGGCGCCUCCAAGCCUCAUCAGACAAGGGUUCCAGCAAGAGCACCACCAUAGAGAUGUACGCACCAUCCUCAUACACGGGGACAGUGACGGGAGAAACUCUGUCAUCCAUAUCUGAGAAAUCGAGGGAGAGUUAUGAGCAUGAGGACUCAACCGACGAGUACGAGGCCGAGGCGUCGAGGGCGAACGCCACGAGUACCUACUUGAUUGAGCAACUCGAACCUCCCUCCCAGUACGCCACGAGACCCCCUCCCCACAUCCUCCCCCCUCCCCCCUCGCACAACGACCUCAAUAUUGAAGACGGUUAUGAUGAGAUGAUCAGGAACCAGUAUAACAUAGACCCCACCGGCGGCUACGGCACGCUGGGCAGACGGAACCCGGCACCCGACCACUACAACAUCAACCCCGCCGACAGCCACUACCCGCCGCCCACCCACCGCUACAACACCUACCAGCCGCCCACCCAGCACAUCCUCACCGCCCACAGCCACGCCCAGAACAACGGGUCCCUUCGGCGAAACCCCCCGUCGAAGCUCCACUUCCCGAAGGACUACAUCCGCAACGGGUCCAUGAACCUCCCCGGGGGCACGGGCGGCGCUGGCACCGUCGGGAGCCAGUACAGCAACAAGCCCCAGUCGCCGACGCGCACCCACGCCCCCAUGCUGUCCACCUUCGCCCCCGAACCGCAGCAGAUAACGGCCGGCAUCCCGCUCGAGCACCGGGGUCACCUGGUGUGAUGGGGCUGCGAGUAGGCCCUGGUGCGGUCUCGGAGCUUUUCUCUAUCGGAAGGGACUUGGGCUUUUCUUCUGGCCAGAGGGUCGUGAGGCUUCGUUCCGGGUGUUGUUACUAAGCGUCGACGAAGACCCAAGCGCGAGAGGCGUCUGAAAGCGUAGGGAUUUUACUCUCGAGUCUUACAGGUAACAGUUCACCUGGCUUUUUUAUAAUAGACAAGCCACUUAGAAGACUAUACCUCCUUGCAGUGACUCUGACUUCCCUUAGUGUCCUUUCGAGAGGCGGUUUUAAGCCCGAUCUCAGACACCUUGAACUUCGCUAAGACUUCGAUGACACGAAGUACUUCAGAAGCGGUGUUGCUGGGGUGCCGUAAUCAAACUGAAGAUGCCAAAAAUACUUAAUAAUAACGCCAAUGGGGAAAAGCUGUUUGGCGAAUGGUGCUGUGUGUGGGUAUGUGGAGAAGGUCCUUGGAGAGGCUGUGAGAAGUUAGAGGACUUCUUUGGAAAGGCUUUGAAACGGCUUAACGAAUGAGGUUGGAAAAUGUGUGUCGUAAAAUCGGUUGUGCUGGAAUAUAGGAAGUGUAGUGCGCGCAUAUUGGCGAAGGUGUCAUUUACUACACAUUGUGUGAACGCUACCAUGUGUAUAAAUCCUUGUCAGUUUCAGAAAAAUGACUGAAGUGACAGUGAUAACAUAUCAUUUGCACAAGGCGAUACGAGUGUUGACAGAGUGAUGUGAACAAGAGAAUCACACAAUGAUGCUCAAUAAUGUGAUGUAACAUUUGUAAGUUUAUAUAUUUUAGGCCUUUAUGAAAGUAUUUUGCAGGAUACAGUGAAUUCCCCCUCUCGCGACGGGGACGAAAAUUCACACACAAUAAUUCGAUGUGAUAAUGCCCAUUAGAGGAUAAGCAAGACUGAUAUUUUGCCUGCUUUAAACUCCCAUGUGAUGUGACAAUCAUGUGAUAAUGGGGCGUGAAGGUCGGAGCAUAAACAGAGGAAUGAUCCAGGCAAACGGAAGUGCCUUGUAGUGAUUUAGUAUAUCAGUGGUAGACACACCAUAGGAAGAAAAUAAUUUUUCUCCGAUUCUAAGGGGAAAAUGUCAUUUUUUUCCCCCCUGUUUACCUCUCCCUCUCCUGGAGACGGUGAAGGACUCGAGAAAAGUGUGUGUUCUAUCAUUCAUUGCCAAAGCAGCGUACUAUGAAUGUACGUCUCUAUUCUGGGGUACUUUUUUAUUUGCUUUUAGAAGUAAAUCUUUAGUUUACUUUUAAAGAAGAAAAGAAAAAAAA